CCUAAGUCACAGCUUGUUUCCAAACUGCAUAUCCUUUAAUCUUGCCAAGCAUUGGGUUUGAUCCUGAUAUAGAGUUAAGAGUCAAAGUAUGAGACCUGACCCAAUAAGAAAGAAGACAUACUUAAGUGAAUGAUAAUGAAAUACUUGUUCCGUCCGCUGUAGGAGAAAUAUCAACGUCUGCAUAGUGUGCCAUGACGACGAUGGAGAAGAUCGGCUGGAAUGCGACAGUUGUGGCCAGUACUUCCACGCAAGUUGCAUCAAAGUGGACUUCUCAGACUCUCUCCAGCUACUUUUUCUGCCCUUGUUAGUUUCACAACAUUGCUGUGGAUUAGUGACGUAAAUUGAUGGUGGAGAAUAUUCUUCCCAGUGUGGGACUGGGUUAAGACUAAGCUAGGCUGUGUACAAUUCCUGAAAUUCCCGUUAUUUCAUGAAUUAUUUGACGCUAAAGUGUCGACAAGUUUUUCGCGUUACGUAAGUGAAAAAUUGACUCAACGCUGCAAGGCCGGAGAAUCUCCCUCAAAAUUUACGCUUAAGAGUCGAAGUUACAGUCCAAAAUUCAAACUUUACUGUUAGGUUUAUUGGCGCAUUGAUAACCUUGUAAAAAGCUCAAACAUACUUAAAACAUUUUCAUUCGUUUUUGUAUAUGUUCAUCCGGCUUUGUUCAGUACGAUUUUAUACACUUCGGGUUUGAACUUUUAGUGACGAACACGUGCUACAGCUUACACGACGUAUUUCAAAUUUAACCGCUGUACUGGCGUCACUCGUGAGUGUGAGGGGUUCGGUGAGAAGCUCAUUACUAAACUUUUCUGAAGGAAAUUAAAUCGAGGAGAAUGUCUUCUAUUCAUCGUUGAUGAGACGCCGAGGUAAGCCUGCCUAAGCGACGACUUUUGGACAGUUGCGAAAUUAUUCGAACUGUUGUCACAUCUUACGUACGGACUGUAAAAUAUUGUGCAAUGUCACAUGGAGUUAAAGCAUUCUCACUGGUCCUGUAGUUGCCAAAGGGUUUAAAGGGAUGUGUGAUCAAGUCUAAAAUUAAUACGUGAUGUGUUAAUUUUACAGAAAGCAUUGAAUCUUGUCACCUUAAUUAAGAGUAGAGAUUGAGCAGCAACAUUUCAAUACCCCAUUACACUUGCAACAAGCACGGAGUAACUUUCAGACAGUUUACAUCAAAAGACUAUGGCAAUCACUUGUCCAAGGAGGCUAUUCCUCUGGUUAUUUCCUGUGCUCUUAGUGGCAACAGUCCUAUCCAUGUAUGUCUUCAGUGACCAAUUAACAGGAUUAAAACGUUGGGCUUUAUGCAAUGCCCAGGACUAUGAGUUCCGAAAAAGCAUUGGAGAUGAACUGAGUGAAAUCCAACAGAAAGUGCGAAAGUUAUUCCUUUACAAUAAAGCACCAUCGCCAACACUACUUGUACAAUUGGAAGAAAUUGUGAAACGGCUUGAUCCCAGAGAAGAUCUAGCAAGUGUAGUCGGUCAAAAGGUUGAUGAUACUGACAGCUUGGAUGUUUGUCCAGAGGUGUACAAAGGGACAAAGUUUGGUUACCCCUUUUAUAGUGAGGGUUGGGCACUAAUUAAUUGUACCAAUGCAAAACCUCUUCGCUCGGUUGUUAGUGUGCUGGUCAACACUGUCGCAUAUCCCAAGCAAGAUGAGGGCCACAUUGAAACGGUUUUAAAAGGCAUAACAGAGACCUACCCGACAGUUCAGGUUUAUUUGGCAACAGGAAGUGACAGUGUAAUGAAAACUGCCAGGAAUUAUCAAAAUGUCAAUGUUGUUGUGAUUGAUAAAGCACAUGUUGCUAAAGGAUGGAAUGCAUUAGUUAGGAAAGCUUCUACUCCUUAUGUGCUCAUUGCACGUGAUGUGUUUCACUUCACGUGGCUAACACAACUUGAGAGGCAGAUUCGUGUUGUCAGUCAGUUACCAUAUGUUGAAGUCGCUGGUGGAUCGUACCGUAACUUCUCCGGUCACUGGAAAGCAGGAUGUGUUCAAACUACAAUGAAGAACUACGUUUUAAAGUACCAAGAAGGAUACUUUCACUCAAAGAAUGAGUGCAUGUUCUGUGAUUAUCUACAAGGACCUUUUGUCACCAAAAAAAGUCUUUUUAAAUUAGACACGACACUUCCAAAUGAAGUUGUGUUUGAAGACUGGUUUUCAAGUGUUGUCCAAGAGGGCAGCCUAGCGAUGUCAUGUCCAGAUGCUAUGUAUUUUACAACAGAUUACUGGUCGUAUUCUAAAAGAAAUAAUAGAAAUGUUUGGACACCAUUGGCUAAAAAGUGGGAACUGAAUAGGGUUUUACUUCCAGGAGGGGUAAAGCAUUCCUUUUCUUGCGAGGAUAUAGGUGUUACAUGCAAAGCCAACAGUGAGCUACUCCCUUUGUGUUGCCUUCAGGAGUAUGCUGAUGCUUUGGCAUUUUUUCAGAAAUUUGCUGAAGCUCACAAUUUCUCUUUUGAACUUGAUUCUGGUUCCACACUGGGCGGUGUUAAAUUUAAAGGUCUUGUUCCUUGGGACUUGGAUGGAGAUUUUAUUAUCUCAACUUCUGGUUUUGGCAUACUAGGAAAAGGUGAAACAGUUGAUUAUUUCCAGAAAAAUGGAUACACUUUUGCGAAAUAUGAAGACAAAAAAGGGUACGUUAGGCUCUUUUUCAAAAAGUUUUAUAUCGAGAUAUGGAGAAUGGGGGACGUUACAAACAAAAGAUAUCUCCCACCAGAGCUACAGAGACAAAAAACUUUCACAAAAGCCAACAUAAACGGUUAUUGGAUAAAUACGGCAUUUAGUCCAGGUUUCUUUUCCAGGAAUCGAUAUGGAAGAGAAAUCCUCAAACACUCUCAAUCGUGGAUCAAGCAGAGAUUAUCAAGCAGCUGGAGUGAAUACAAUCCUGAAGGCUUCAAGUUUUGUAAAAAACCAGAGCGUCAUGCAUGCAUACACAACUAUCCUUAUGACGGUGACAUACCAUUUAUGGUAAAUUAGACAUGUGCCAUAGCGCACAAGGAAGUAGAAAAGAUUUAUCAAAUGGAGAGUUACUUUGUGCGGGGAAAAUAAUCGAGCCCUCCUUAAUUUUGCCGUAGUCCCCUGUGCUUGUUUCUUGACUUGAGUGCCUGGAACAGGCUAAUACUUGGAAAUGUCGCGUAAUUUUUAUAUACUGAACCGGAGUGUUUCACAACACGAAGAGGAUUAAGUAAGUAAGUAAGUAAGUAAGUACCGGAGUAGUCUUAAUCAAAUUUAAUGGCAAGGAAGAUACUUUCAGGAAACUCCGAGACUAUGAAAUUAAUUUUAACUACUUGAGGUAAGCCAUUCCUUUUUUUUUUUAUUUGUUUUUUACUCUUAGCAUUGUGCUGCGCCUUUUUAUAGAAUGUCCAAUUUUGUACCUAUUUAAAUUUUUUCUAAGAUGAAUAGAAACUGAAUCCUAUCAAUUUCUAUUAUUAAACUCAGUGGGCCAAUUUAUGAUUAGUUGCCUGACUAGUGGUGGUUGAGCGAAUUUGUAUAGAGCAAAUGAUUUUCUCUUGUAUAGAGUUAGUCACAACUUUCCCCUCGCAGUGGAUUAGACUUUGAUUAAAAAAAUAAAUGGUAAAAGGAAAAAGAGAAAA